UACGUUCGAUUUUUCAGUUGUUUGUUGUUUGUUGCACAGAACGGAGGUGAAAUUCGUGAUACUGUGCCUUACCCAAUCACAAUGGAGCUUAAGAGGGACGAAAUUUUGCUUCUCUUCGACGUCGAUGGAACGCUCACGCAGCCACGGGCUCUCAUUACGGACGAGAUGAAGAAUUUUCUUUACCAAAAGGUUUUACCACGGGCAACGCUCGGCGUGGUUGGUGGUUCCGAUCUGGAGAAAAUGUGUGAACAACUGAACGGACAGGAGUUCCUCCAGAAGUUCGACUACGUAUUCCCGGAAAAUGGAUUGGUGCAGUACGAGGGCGGUAAACAGAUUGGCAAGGUGUCCAUCAUUCAUCAUCUCGGCGAGGACACGCUGACGCGGUUCAUCAACUUUUGCCUGCACUACAUAGCCGACCUGGACAUACCGGUAAAGCGGGGCACUUUUGUGGAGUUUCGCAACGGAAUGCUGAACAUUUGCCCUAUCGGGCGCAACUGCUCGAAGGAGGAAAGAAACGAGUUCUACGCGUACGACAAUGUGCACCAGGUGCGGCAAAAGAUGAUCGACCGACUGCGGGUGGAGUUCGCUGAAGUGGACCUGACGUACAGCAUCGGGGGGCAGAUAAGCUUCGAUGUGUACCCGGUAGGGUGGGACAAAACGUUCUGCUUGCGUCACGUGUUCAAGCGCCCGUCAGCGUUCCGCGAAAUACAUUUCUUCGGCGAUAAGACUGAUCCGGGCGGCAACGACUACGAAAUCUACAGUCAUGAAAAGACGAUCGGCCAUCGUGUGACUUCACCGGAAGAUACCAAAAAACAGUUGACUGAACUAUUGUUGCUAUAAUGGCAAAAUAAAGGAACAAAACAGGAAGGACUGAGAUG